AUGGUUCACGACCCGAGGUCUCCAGCUGGAAAGUGUUUCUUUGCGUUCGAACCCAUCAUCAUCGGGUCGAUUUGCAUCUUCCUGUCUUGGUACCCCUUUGAGCUGCGAAACGUCUACAUCGGCGAUGAUCUGAAGACUCCGUUUGGUCUGUCGUGGGUGACCUGCAGGCAGUUCCUGCCGCCCAUCGGAAUGAUGCUCGUUGCGUGCGUUCCGACGACUCCUGCCGCUCAGGCUGAUCUCGCGGACCAGGUCACCGUGCUCGUCCACUGUAUGGGUGCCAUGAUGAUGUUCAUAGGUUACAUCUUCCUCGAAGGAAGGGCACUGGCAUGGGGAGUCUGGAAGGAUUCUCGCACACCACUCCGCAUCAAGCCACGGGAGUGGUGGGUGCGGUGCUUGCUCUUGACUGGCGUGCUGCACGGUUUCUGCUGCUUCAUCGCUUUCCAGGCCCUCUUGAUCCCAGACCUGGGCCUGUGCUGCUUUGACGAGUGGGCCCCCAAGGAGGGUUACGAGAGAGUCCAAUUGGUGAACACCGCUUCUGGAUGGAUACUCUUCUUCAAGAUCGGAUCAUAUUUUGGCGAGGUCGUGUCUGGGCUCUGCCUCAUCGCGAGCCACAUGGCCAUUUGGUACUACUGCGAGGAGCGGCGGGUGGACCUGGUGGAGACGAUCCCGGUGGCCGAGUACAGGCGUUGA